AUGACGGGGGGUAGAUUUACAUGGGUAAAAGGCCGUGGAACUGAAGCAUGGGUGGAGGAACGACUGGACAGGGCGUUGGCAAAUUUGGAUUGGUUGGAAAUGCAUGGCGAGGCAGUGUUCAGUUGUAUAUACACCCUCGAGUCGGACCAUCAUGCACUUUUUGUUGAGUUAGAUUUGACACCGGUCCGCAAUGUUGCACGCUCGUUCAAAUUUGAAUCCGUCUGGCUCUUGGAGGAGGGAUGUGCGAUGGUUGUUGAAGAGGCAUGGCUCUUGUCGAUGGGCCAAAAUUUCCAGGACCGGCUCGCUAUUUGCAGUGCACAUCUUGGGCGGUGGGGGGGCGAACACUUCCGGCGCUUUGGCAAUAAGAUGAGAUCACUCCGCCAGGUGUUGGAGUGCUUGAAAGAGGACCGGUCACCUACUGGGGUGGCAGGUUUUGAGGAAGUAGAAAGGGAGUUGCAAAAAUUGAUUCGGGAAGAGGAAAUUUUCUAG